UUUAGGCCCGGUGCGCGCGCCGGCUAUGCGGGAAGCGUAAACCGGCGACCGCCGCCUCUCUCUCUCUCUCUCUCUCUUUCUGUCUCUGUCCCUCUAUCUGUCUCCCUCUCCGUUUCACGAGCCUCGGUGAUUUAUUGGGUGAAAAGCGCCCUGUCGCGUGCGUUAAAAUAUGGAUGCUUUCUUUACAGAGGGGACACGUGUGUGGGUAAAGGAGAAGGAGCAGUUGCUUCCUUCCACAGUCAACUCCUGCGGAGAUGGAACCAUUGUCCUCACUACUGACUAUGGAGAGGUGUUGUACCUGCAGCAGGCAGAGGUCAACAGGGAGAAGGUGUACCCCAUGCACCAGAGCAGCAUCGAUGGCGUGGAGGACAUGUCCACACUGGCCGAGCUCCACGAGGCCGCCAUCAUGCACAACCUUCACCAGCGCUAUCAGAAGGAUCACAUCUACACGAACAUCGGCUCCAUCUUGGCAGCGGUGAAUCCGUACAAGCAGAUCACAGGUCUGUAUGAUCCCUCAGCGGUGGAGCUGUACAGUCGACAUCACCUGGGCGAGCUCCCUCCUCACAUCUUCGCCGUGGCCAACGAGAGCUACCGAUGCCUCUGGAAAAGACACGACAGCCAGUGUGUGCUCAUCAGUGGAGAGAGCGGCGCCGGUAAAACAGAGAGCACUAAACUUCUGCUACAGUUUCUGUCUGUCAUGAGCCACAAUUCAUCGGGGGCUCCGGAGAAAACCACCUGCGUCGAGCAAGCCAUCGUACAGAGCAGUCCGAUUAUGGAGGCGUUCGGAAACGCCAAAACGGUUUACAACAACAACUCCAGUCGCUUCGGGAAGUUCAUUCAGCUUCAUUUCAGUCAGAGCGGCAACAUCCAAGGAGGCUGCAUCGUCGACUAUCUCCUUGAAAAGAACCGUGUGGUGAGACAGAACCCCGGAGAGAGGAACUAUCACAUCUUCUACGCUCUGCUGGCUGGUGCCGAUAAAGGGCAGAAAGAGACGUAUUUCCUGGCUGAACCUCCUGAGUUGUUUCAUUACCUGAGUCAGUCUGGCUGCGUAAAGGACCGCAGUCUGGAUGAUAAGAAGCUCUACGACAGUGUCAUGGAAGCGCUGAAGGUCCUGGAGUUUAGUGAGGAGGAGAUCAGAGACAUGUUCAAGCUGCUGUCUGGAGUCCUGCAGCUGGGCAACAUCGAGUUCAUGACAGCAGGGGGCGCUCAGAUCACCACCAAGCAGGUGGUCACUAACGUCAGUGAGCUUCUGGGGCUGGACUCCUUCCAGUUGUCUGAGGUGUUGACUCAGCGCUCCAUGAUCCUGAGAGGGGAAGAGAUCUGCUCCCCGCUUACUAUAGAGCAGGCAAUAGAUUCGCGAGACUCGGUUGCCAUGGCACUGUACUCUCAGUGCUUCUCCUGGAUGAUCAUGCGCAUCAACCGGAAGAUCAACGGCCGAGACAACUUCAAAUCCAUCGGCAUACUCGAUAUCUUCGGCUUUGAGAAUUUCGAGGUGAAUCGCUUCGAGCAGUUCAACAUCAACUACGCUAAUGAGAAGCUGCAGGAGUAUUUUAACAAACACAUCUUCUCUCUGGAGCAACUUGAGUAUAACAGGGAGGGAAUUCGCUGGGAAGCCAUAGACUGGAUGGACAACGCAGAAUGCCUGGAUCUGAUUGAAAAAAAACUGGGCAUGUUGGCAUUGGUUAAUGAGGAGAGCCGCUUCCCUAAAGGCACAGAUUUCACUCUGCUGGAGAAACUGCAUAGCCGACACUCGACGAACCCAUACUACGUGAAGCCUCGACUUGCGGAUCAUCAGUUUGGCAUUAAGCACUACGCUGGAGAGGUCUUGUAUGAUGUCCGAGGCAUCUUGGAGAAGAACAGAGAUACAUUUAGAGACGAUAUCUUGAACAUGCUAAAGGACAGCAGGCUGGACUUUAUCUACGACUUGUUUGAGCAAGUGGGCAGCAGGAACAAUGAAGAGACCCUGAAGAUGGGCACCGCCCGCAGGAAACCCACUGUGAGCUCCCAGUUUAGAGACUCUCUGCACUCCUUAAUGGCCACUCUCAGUGUGUCCAACCCCUUCUUCGUGCGCUGCAUCAAACCCAACAUGGAUAAGACACCCAACAGGUUCGACCCGGAGGUGGUCCUGAAUCAGCUGCGUUACUCCGGCAUGCUGGAGACGGUAAAGAUCCGACGAGCAGGGUUUCCCGUCAGACGCACUUUUAAAGACUUCUUAAGCAGGUAUAAGAUUAUUAUUAAGGAAGGAGGAAAAGCGACAGCAGCUGAUGGAGAUGAGAAAAAAAGGUGCACUGAUCUGCUCACCAAAUAUGACCACACUAAGAAAGACUGGCAGCUCGGGAAGACCAAGGUGUUUAUGAAAGAGUGUCUGGAGCAGAGGCUGGAGAAAGAGCGAGACGAGGUGCGCCGUAAAGCUGGGCUCAUCAUACGAGCGUACCUGCUCGCUUACAUAGCAAGGAAGCACUUUAAAAGAGCUCUGUCCAGCAUCGUGACCAUCCAGAAGAACUACCGCGCACAUUUCUACCAGCGACGGUUCGUGCGCAAACGCUCGGCCGCGCUCAUGCUGCAGAAGUGCCGGCGCGGGCAGGUGGCACGGAGCAGGUGUCGCAAACUCCGAGAGGAGAAGAAGAAGAGAGAGGAGGAGGAGAGGAGGAAGAAAGAGGAAGAGGAGAAAAAGAAAGAGGAAGACAUGGCACAGGUGAAAGGAGAACAGGAUGAAGCAGCGGGAGGCGCUCAGCUUCCUGUUGAUGAGCAGAGCCGUCAGAUGGAGGAGAUCCUGAGGCUGGAGCGGGAGAUUGAGCGGCUACAGAAGCAGAGGGAGGACGGCGUGUCGCAGCUGUGCGAGAGCUCACGGCAAGAGCUGAGGCUACGCCGUCACGCUGAGGCGCUGCGUCUCAAAAAGCAGGCGUCUCGCGUCGCCACUCAGUCGCUUGACCUGCAGAGCUUUGCUGGUAUCAAACCCGAAAAGGCGGUUCCUGCGGCGCCGGCUUUGCCCCUCGCGGCUGCCGGUUCCAGUGUGCCAGAGGGUCGAGUCUCGCUGCCUGAUUUCCCUCCUGCUGCUGAGGGGCCUCCUGAUCAGGAGAUCUUAGCCGUGCAGCCUCCACCUCCACCUGCCUUUGCGGAGGACAUGCCGCCAUCUUCUUCACCUGUUGCUGCUCCAAGCGUGCCCACACCUCCUCCGCCUCCUCCUCCCCUGCCUCCUCCACCUCCUCCCCCACCUCCUCCGCCUCCUCCUCCACUCCCAGGAGAGACCACAGACGUGUACAAGAAAGUCUCCAAACCGGAGGAGGCGAAGGAAGAGCCCAAGCCUGUAGAGCCUGAGAAAGAGGAGAAAAAGGCAGACGAGGCAGAAAGUGAGGCAGCAGAUCGAGGCAGCAGGCUGACCGACACCGAGGAGCCAAUUUACCACCUUCCGCUGGACACGGAGUCCGAUUACGACCAGGACGAGCUGGAGGACGGUCAGGGCAGCAAUGCUGCAAACGACCCGGAGCAUGCACGCAAGUCCACCUGCACCAACGCCAGCCAGGAGUCAUACAACCGCAGCUCAGACUCGUAUCAGGAGAGUGAUGAAGAGCAUGAUGGUCUCGCUGACACCGAUGAAGAGCUGUCGAAUGGUAAAGGCAACGUCCUGAACGGUAACGGGCCUCCAUACUUCCACAGCUACCUCUACAUGAAAGCGGGUCUGAUGAUCCCAUGGCGGAGGCGUUGGUGCGUGCUGAAGGACGAGACGUUUAUGUGGUUCCGUUCCAAACAGGAGUCUCUGAAGUCGGGCUGGCUGUAUAAGAAAGGUGGUGGACUGUCCACGCUGUCACGCAGGAACUGGAAGAUGCGCUGGUUUGUGCUGCGUGACUCUAAGCUCAUGUACUUCGAGAACGACAGCGAGGAGAAGCUCAAGGGCACCAUUGACAUCCGCUUAGCCAAGGAGAUAGUAGACAACCACGAGAAGGAGAACGCACUGAACAUCAUUACAGAUGAACGAACAUACCAGGUGUUUGCAGAGUCACCGGAAGACGCCAGUGGUUGGUUUACAGUGCUGAGUCGGGUCCACACGGCCACCCCAGAGCAGCUACUGGAGAUGUCCCAUGAGCAGGCAAACCCUAAAAACGCCGUGGGCACUCUGGAUGUCGGAUUGAUCGACUCUGUGUGUGCAUCUGACAAUCCGGACCGACCAAACUCGUUUGUGAUCAUCACGGCGAAUCGAGUGAUCCACUGUAACACGGAGCUGCCGGAGGAGAUGCACCACUGGAUAAGCCUCCUGCAGAAGCCCAAAGGAGACACCAAGGUUGACGGCCAGGAGUUCUUGGUUAGAGGCUGGCUGCAUAAAGAGGUGAAAACAGGAGCCAAGAGCAGUGCACUGAAACUGAAGAAGCGCUGGUUCAUUCUGACCAACAACUCCUUGGAUUACUACAAAUCGGCCGAGCGAAGCACAUCCAAGAUGGGCACGCUGGUGCUGAACAGCCUCUGCUCUGUCGUUCAGCCUGACGAGAAGGUGUUCAAAGAGACAGGUUACUGGAACAUCGUGGUUCACGGGAGGAAACAUUCCUACCGGCUCUACACCAAGAUGCUGAAUGAGGCCAUGAGAUGGGUUUCGGCUAUUCAGGGCGUCAUCGAGAACAAGGCACCAAUUGAGACGCCGACGCAGCAGCUCAUCCGAGACAUUAAGGAGAACAGUGUGAAUUCGGAGGCGGUGGAACAGAUGUAUCGCCGAAACCCUAUCCUACGCUAUACUCAGCAUCCCCUGCACUCGCCCCUGCUGCCCUUACACUACGGAGAGAUCAGUGAUAACUUGCAAAAGGGGAAGGGCUACGGCAGCCUCCAGGACGAGGCGGUGAAGAUUUUCAACUCUCUGCAGGAGAUGGAGAUCGUCUCGGACCCGGUGGCCAUCAUCCAGGGCAUCCUGCAGACCUGUCACGACCUGAAGCCGCUUCGAGACGAGGUCUACUGUCAGCUGAUCAAACAGACCAAUCAUGUACCUCAGCCCAACAGUCCUGGAAACCGCGCGCACUGGCACCUGCUCACGUGCAUGAGCUGUACGUUUCUGCCGAGCCGCGCCAUCCUGCGCUACCUGCGCUUCCACCUCAAGAGGGUGAGGGAGCGUUAUCCUGGCACCGAGAUCGAAAAGUACGCCCACUUCAUCAGCGAGUCUCUGAAGAAGACCAAAGCGAGGGAGUUCGUGCCCUCUCAGGAGGAGAUCGCCGCCCUGCUGACCAGACGCGAGAUGACCACCACGGUGUACUGCCACGGAGGAGGAUCGUGCAAGAUCUCCAUAAACUCCCACACCACUGCAGGAGAGGUUGUGGAGAAGCUGAUUCGAGGUCUGGCAAUGGAUAACAGUCGGAAUUUAUUCUCCCUGUUCGAACACAACAAGGUGGAGAGCCGAGCUAUCGAGAGCCGCAUCAUCGUUGCAGACAUACUAGCCAAGUUUGAAAGAUUGGUAGGCAGUGAGGAGGAGGAAGAGGAAGGCCCUUGGCGGCUUUAUUUUAAACUCUAUUGCUUCCUCGAUGUGGACAGCAUGCCCAGAGAAGGAGUAGAGUUUGCCUUCAUGUUUGAACAGGCCCAUGAGAGUCUGAUCAGUGGCCAUUUCCCGGCCUCCGAGGAGACGCUGCAGCAUCUGGCCGCGCUUCGGCUGCAGUACAUCCACGGAGACGUGGCCCGCACUCCAUGGAGCCUGAGCAGCGUGUAUCCCGUGGCCCGCCUCCGCACCCGCAUCCUGCACUCCACCAAGGUUGGUGGGUCUGGUGGGGUGGGAAUCGCAGGCUUGGGUCCAGGAGGUCACACGCUCGAGAGGAGAAGGACCAGCUUCCUGGAUGGGACGCUGAGACGCAGCUUCAAAACCGGCUCGCUAAAGAAGCAACGUGAGGAAGAGCAGAUGCUGGAGAUGUUUGUUAAGGAGGAGAUGUCGGCCACUUUGACCAGCGUCCUGGAGAAAUGGAACCGCCUGCAGGGGAUGCCUCAACACCAGGCUAUGCUCAGCUACAUGACCAUCAUCAAAGAGUGGCCUGGAUAUGGCUCUACACUGUUCGAUGUUGAGUGUAAAGAAGGAGGUUUUCCUCAUGACCUGUGGCUUGGAGUGAGUGCAGAAAAUGUGUCUGUGUAUAAGAGAGGAGAACCCAAACCACUCGAGACCUUUCAGUACGAGCAUAUUGUCUUCUUUGGCGCGCCGCAGCCCAGCACCUACAAGAUAACCGUUGACGAGAGGGAGAUGUUUUUUGAAACUCCUCGGGUUGGUGAGAUCACAAAGAUCAUGAAGGCCUACAUCAACAUGAUCGUCAAGAAGCGCUGCAGCGUCAUGUCCGUCACCAGCACUGGCAGUGCAUGGAUGAGGUGAUCUACACCAGCCAAUUGGAUGACAGAAUUGUGAGCGAUAAAAUUACCAGCCAGAGAAAAAGUCCUUGUGUUGAACCAGGAAACAUGAGCACAUGUAGUGAAAAAAGAAGAGCAAGAAAUUCAAAGGUCUCCAACCAGCUGGACCACAGUUAAUUUGGUGAUACUUCUUCACACUGCUAAAAAGCACAAGAAAUCUUGCAGUCCUGUGAUGUGAACCCUUCCUUAAUGCUGGCACCACCAUUGCUGGCCUUCUCUCUUAUCUCCACUUCUUCUGUCUUUCAUCCAGUCCUUUUAAUCUUGUGAUGUUCUCGAUGAACGUUGUGCAAGUUUGUGCUCCUUGCUACCAUUCAAACAUUGUUUCCUCACGUUCCAAAGUUCAUAAUGUGGGGGACAUUAUGAAAGUGAACUCCUCAGUAAGAGUCACACUGAGAGCCAUUUUUAUGAGCCAAGGAGACUGGCCAUGUAUUUGUUUGUUUGUUUAUUUAUUUAUUUAUUUAUUUAUUUAUCGAUUGAUUACAGAUCAGUAUCAGUACAACUCAAGUUUGGUCAAUUCAACUUAAAUCAAUGGAGCGCAUUUGAGCCUAAAUCUAAUCAGCUUAACUUAAGUAAACUCAACGAAUUCAACUCGAUUCAGUUCAGCUCAAAUCAGCUGAAAGCGCUCAACUCAUCUUAAGCUCAUCUGAACUCAAAUCAUCUCUGUUCAGGUUAACUAAAACCAAUUUAGCUUAAGACAAAUAAAUUAGCUGUAAUCAAACCGGCUAAUCCCAACAACACAGCUGAACUCAACGCAGCUCAACUCAAACCAACUUAACACAGAUUAUCUUAGCUCACAUGAACGAUAAGUCAAAUCAACUCAACACAGAUCAACUUUGUUCAGGUCAACUCAAUACAACUCAACACAGCUCAAAUUAGCUCAGAUGAACUCAAUUCAAGUACUCCACACAACUCUAAUCAGUCUGGAUCAACCCAAAUCAACGCAACGUAACCAACUCAACUCAGCUCUGCUCCCCAAUGCAACAUGCAACUCAGAUCAGCUCAACUCCUCUUCACAAGGACUGAUCAAAGACAAGAAAUGUGGAGUGUUCACCCACUAGAGUCACUAUAACAAUAAUUGUGUAACUCUACUGAUACCAGUGUGUACUAAAUGAUUUUCCUGUAUAACAUAUCACCAUCAAAAUAUAUUUUAUACUGCAGUAAAAGUCCGGACACACAAUUUACCGGAUAUAUGUUAAAUCUGCAAGCGCAACAAACACAUUCCUGUAUUGUACACACCAAUGCACAAAUACAGUAGUCUACUGGACAGAGUGAAUGCACAACAGUUUUAAAAGUCUCUACAUACCUCCUUGUCCCCAGUAUGCCAAGCCAAAAAAGACUUACUACUGAGAGGAUAUAUCAGUAUUACACCAAGCAGGGCCAGUGUUAGACUGGGGACAUUCACUUAACCAGCGCACAGAUUUGUUUUGUCAGUGGUGACCUUUUAUCAGUGAUUUUUGAUCAAAAUGAAUCAGGAUGGUGUGUACCAUGUGACAUUAAUUUGUAUAUUAAUGUCACGAAAAAGGAUGGUUUUGAAUGCAAGCGUAGGUACUGAAUUUCUUUGUUAAACAAACCAGUAUUAUUAGGAUUGCUAACCAUUUUUCCACUUAAGUGUUGUUUGCGAAAGUUUAUGAAAACCUGUUUACGCUGCACAGUGCAACUCUGGCCAAAGUUACAGUAGCAAGAGAUGGCUAAUCGCUAAAUCACGAGACGAGAGCAUUUUCUUAAAUAAGUGCAACAUAAGACAUACAGAAGGUUGCAUCACGACAUCACGAAGCAUAGCAAAUUAUGUAAUGUUAAUGUUUAGAUUGGCUUAGAUUAGUAGCAAGGACUCGGCCAAACCAGGAAUGUUAGGCAAUUUUAUAUAUUAAAACUAGUUGCCUUAUAGCUACAAUGUUGGCAAAGUAUUUGCAAAAUAUCAAAUUGCAGUCAAAUGACGUAGAAAGCCAAAUCAACAUAUUAAUUAAGUUACAGUUUCUCUUUUUAUUUUUCUU